GGUAUCUUUUGUUGGGGGGGGGGGGGGAGGGAAUGAUGGCAAUUAGAUGAUACUUAUCUGGCUCUUUGAUGUGUAUUUACACAAACGACGUUUUCCUCCGAGACUUGAGGUAUAAAAGAGCCGUGCUUCCCCACACCCUUCUUCUCGGCAGCUCCGAAAAGCGGCAGGAUGACCAAGGCCCCUUUUUCUGUGGAGUGGCUGUCCCAGAGCAGCCAAGCCCCCAAGAGUCCCACCCAGAGCACCCCGCGCCGAGCAUCCCCCUCGGCCGCCGGCCGCCGGCUCGCCUCGGGCUCCAGACCCGGACUGAGCGAACGGAGCAAGGAGAAAGGCGCCGGGAAAGGCGGCAGGAGCAGCAGGGAGCCUUCGGCAGCACCCCCCGCUGCAGGUGCAGCGGGGCAGCCCCCAGAGGAGCGGGGCCGCGAGUGCUCGUGCCCCGAGGAGCCGAGGGGCGGCCGGCGGCUGCGCACGGCGUUCAGCGCCGAACAGAUCAGCACCCUGGAGAGUUCCUUCCAGCGGCACCGCUACCUGGGCGCCGCCGAGCGCCGCAAGCUGGCGGGCAAGAUGCGGCUCUCCGAGGUGCAGAUCAAGACCUGGUUUCAGAACCGCCGGAUGAAGCUCAAGAGGCAGCUGCAGGAGUUGAGGCCGGAGCCUUUCUGCGUCCCACCGCUCCCUUUCGGACCUCAGGUGUCCCUGCCACUCACCUACGUGGCCCGGCCCCCACCUCUGCCCGGGCAUGAGGCUGCCCCCGGGGCCUUAGCCUUGGCAGCGCUGCCAGCACCCACCCUGGACAUCAGCAAUGCCUGCAGAGCGCAGCCUGUGGGCUUCUGGGCAGCACCCUGCUUUGUAGGGUACAAGGAUCCCAGGGCUUUCUUGCUGAGUGUCUGACCCACUGGUACGGACUGUGACUAAGGAGAAUUUGCACUAACGAUAACUAUAUCUGGGCUGCUCCUGCCUGCAUCUGCCUGCUGGAGUUCUGGUGCAGCACUGCGCAAGGUAUUCCAUACGUACUGGACGAUCCAGAUCACAGACUUCAUGUCAAGCUGACAGUCAAACUCACACAUAGUGGGGUAAACAGUAGUAUAAAAGGAAUCACCUAACAAACUUAAUCACUUUUUAGCUUUCAUCUGAAUUUGUCACAUGGACUGCAGAACUAAUUAUCCUGCCCUGAAAGAGUUCCUCCCAUUAAAUGAAGCAUAGUCCUUAUUCUCAAGAUCUGUUCUGGCCCUAAUAGAGAAAGAAUAAUCUUUCAUGUAUUGUACCUUGCAAUUUACUGAGGAUAUGAAUUUCCCUCUGUUCCUUACAAGGGUUGUCCAGUCUCUCAGCUGCUUCCCGUAUGGCACUUCAGGGGAGCUGUGUUUUAACCAGAUAUGUAGAUACAUUGGGAACUAGUUACCAAUAUUUAUUACUGGGCCUGCAAUGACAGCAGAAUUUGUAUUGGAGCCCUGGAAAUGACGUAUAUAAUAUGAUUUUUAAGAUUAAAAAUGUGACUUUCUAUAAAAAUAUGGAAAUACCUCAUCACAAUUUCACAGGUGGUCUCAGUGGAUUAACAAGGGCUUCUUGCAUUCUUGGAAAGAUCUUGGAUCUUGGGAUCUGGCCUUGCAGCUUAUACUGUCUCAGCAUAUUGCAUGUGCCUAAUAGGAUAUGAGGAUGAUUAUAAAAAGAAAUGCAACAUUUCAAAGCUAUUUUUCUCUAAAUGGCAGUAAAGUUUGUUACCAUUGUGCUAUGCACUUUUUAUUUGAAUAAUGCUCAUGAUUUGAUAAUGUCUGAUGAUUAAAAUGGCCUGAUUUCAGUCUAGAGAAAGGGCUCUGAGAAAUGAUCCUUGACUGAUGUAAGUUGUCAUAAAUCUUUCAAAGCUGAUUGUGAACUAACAUGAAAA